GUCAGAAGGUAUUUGACGGUGUGUGCGAUGUGUAGAUCAAUUCGAUUGUGGAAUUGAAAAAAUAAAGUUUCCCGAGUUUCACUAGUCGAAAAACAAUGGAGAAUACUGGAAACGAACAGAAUGAAGCAUUUUGGGAAAUGGGACAUAAUCAACAGCCACAGUAUGCGACAGUGGACAGUUCAAUUGCUGGCACAUCCAACUAUUUCCAUCCGACCACCGAAGCAGGUUCAAAUUAUAGCCACCAUCCUACGGGGGAUAAUUUUACUGUGCUUGCCGAUGGAUUUGGUAACUUCAUCAAGGUUUACCAUCAACCCAGUGAAGAUGUCAACUUGAACAAUCCUACCGGAAAAUACGAAUACGAAUUGUUCUCCAAUAACAAUUUCAUGCGCUCUGCACCUGGUUUAGGGUACUUGUUUCAUCAGCAACAACCACCACAACAUCAAUCACAAGUGGCAGCAUCUACAGCGAGUGCUGUUAGUGGGUCACCCGAAAACGCAGUCAGCAACACUAGCAUGCUUAUCAAUCAACUGGUCGGAAAUUGGGCUCCAACUAUUUCGGGAACAUAUUCACCUUUUGGGGGAAACGGACCAUCGCUCCUAACCGAUGGCUUACCCAGAUCAUCUCCGGAAGCAUAUGUUCAAACUCCACCAUACACUGCCCAACAACAGCCAAUUCCAGUACCGCAAGCCGAACAAUCUUCCGUGAAUCAACCACAUUCUAUGGACCAGCAAGUGUCUCCGAAAGUAACGCAUGCUUCUAUGAAUCUUCCACAACAGCAGCCAGUUACGGCUACUGUAGCUGCCACUAAUGCUGCCAUUAAUUAUAACCAGCUGAAUGAUGAUAAUAGUGCUAAAUUGAAUCAGAAUGUCAACAAAAAGCAACGAAUCGUUGCUGAAGUUAAACCGAUGCGAAUGUCUUAUUCCGAUGUGUUGAGCAAGAACGUGGCCCCGUCAACCUCGCCGACGACAGCUAUGUCACCGAACAGUACCACCAAUAGUGGUAUCAAUGCAAAACAAGCCGCUACAUUUCCGGCAAAUAACGGUCAUACCCCAUCCGGUGGCAAAGCGAACAAAUCGGAAAAGGGUUCAGGCAAAAAACCGCAGUCUUCCGCCAAUUCACCAGAAGAUAAAUUCAACCGGAAGAUGGAUCGAAACAAUGGCCCCGGAAUAAAGAAAUCAGGAACACAAUCUGUUGGAUCCGUGGGAGUUCAACAAUCUUUGGACAAUUCCGGUGGCUCGAAACCAACGGUGACAACCAAUGGUUCCGAUAAGGCAGGUAAAAAAGUGGAUAAGUCCAACGGUAAGAAUCUAAAAGGAGGAAACAACUCUGCCGGGAAGAAGAAUCGCUUGCGCAAUUUCAACGAUUCCUAUACGAUUCAGGAUGUGCAGGUAACUUCCUGUAAGGAGACAUCAAAUUACGAAGAACAAGUUGAACUAGAUGAGGAUAACGAAGGCCAAGGCGACGAAGAAGAUUCCGAUGAAUCUGACGGAGCCCAACAGGAACAGCAAGCUCAGCAUACUUACAUGUACAAUGUCAAAAAGAAUAACAAUUCUGCGGAUACUCAUAUCGAAAAGAUCUCCGGUUCGCGCAGUGCACAUAAGCGAACUGGACGAACUUCUGGUACUACUCGUACGAAACAGGACAAAGUAUAUCAGCAACCACUGAACAGUAAGCGGGGACAGCGACCUCGUAAAAAUCAAAAGUACGUGAUUAUUCAGAAGAUUGUCAAUGCCUGGAUUGAGUACACCGUAAUAGCUUUGCUCUGGCUGUGGUCUUUGGUAAGCGACGUGGUUUACCUAAGUCUGAGACUUUGUUGGGAUUAUUUGGUUGCCGGUUAUCAACAUUGCCAAUACUAUGCCAUUAGCGUGAAACAAGAGUUGCAGCAAAAUCGACCAGGGGCGUGGUUUAAAGGUGUGUGGAAAUCAUUCGACAGUCGGUUCGCUAAGGAUUCGAGUUGGGCAUUUUGGCGUGGUAAGGCACGAUCAACUCCAACCGAUCCGACGACCGGAGGUGGACAAAAUUACUACAAAAAUGGACGGUUACCAUCGACGGCGGAUGAGGCCAUGUCUUCCUUAUUGAACUGUAAAGGUAAAGAUGCAUACAGCAUACUCGGUGUGAGCCCCGAGUGUUCCCAGGAGCAGAUACGGAAGCAUUACAAAAAGAUUGCCGUGCUUGUUCAUCCGGACAAGAACAAACAGCCGGGUGCCGAAGAGGCUUUCAAGGUGUUGCAAAGAUCGUUUGAACUGAUUGGCGAACCGGAGAAUCGUAACGCCUACGAUCAAAGCCUGGCGGAAGCGUUGAACGCGGAAAAAGCCUGGUCGGAAAUAAAUGAUCUAUUGACUCAACUGCACACAAAAAUCUCAGAAGCUGCUAACACGAUCAGAUGUAGCAGCUGUUGCCUCAGACACCCUCGAAAACCCACCGGACGAGCUCACUAUGCUGCCAGAGAAUGUAACUCCUGUAAAAUUCGUCAUUCCGCCAGAGAGGGUGAUAUCUGGGCCGAAACAAGCCUGUUCGGAAUGCGCUGGAAAUACUUGGCCAUGAUGGAGGGUAACGUGUACGACAUUACGGAGUGGGCCAACUGUCAGAAGGGUGCAUUGUCUCACCUGCAACCCAACUCACACAUCGUUCAGUAUCGAAUAGUGCUUGGUGGAAACUCACAGCAGCAACAGGGCCCUUCCCCCGGCGGACAAGGGCAAACGAGCGACAGAGAUACCACUGGUGGAAGAGCUCGAAAGGAACCUCCUUCAAGUGAACCGAACUUGGAUGAUUUUCUGAACAACAUUUACGGUGGACAGAACCAACAGGGGCAACCGCAGACGCAGAACAACUUCCGACGAAGGCACCGUAGGAAUUGAAGCAUGGCCUACGACUUUCUUUUCCACUUAGCAGUAGUAGUUUGUAGUAGACUGUAGAGAUUAUUAUCCUAUAUUUAGCUUGUAGUUUUUCGUCGCAAAUCACUAGCUGAGCUGAGAUAAUUUGCGUUAGCAUUUAUCUUCGAGUAAAUCGAUCAAGGUCCGUCAUUUGUUAAGAGUAGACACUUCGGUCUACUCAGCUGUAUUGAAGAAGCAAACAGAGUACAUUUACGGUCCUAUAUAACUGUAGUUCUAGACUUUUAAACGUUGAUUAGCAAAUGUCAAAAACUAAAUCCUGCAGCCAGCUGUGUGCACUAUUGAACACAAUAUAAUAAAUGCCGAAUAUAGCGAUAGUUGGUUUGUCGUUACUUCA